GAUUGCGCUUUUGAUCGUUUUACCCGUUGGCUGCUUCCUCAUGACGGUGGUCUAUUUCCGGGCAAUGAUCGAGCGAAUGUAUCAUAAGCAAGUCCUGGUGUUCAACCUCCUCACAGGAAUGCCUCGCGAACAUGUCAACCGGAUGAUCGAGAGCUAUGAAACGGAAAUUGAGAUAUUGCUCGAAGAGAUGGAUGACACCAAGACAACGAAAAAGCAGUCGUUAUCUGCGGCCACAGGAUCUUUCCCUCCGAAGAUGGUCAUGGCGCGCUCUGUCCCAAAGAGGCAGUUUAAGCAUUUCAUGAUUUAUGCCGCAUUGAUUGCCUGCCCGGGGACGUUGAUGUUCGUUCCAGCAUUACUGCAAAACAACGUGAGUUACUGAGCGGAAGAUUUGGCCUGCAUGAUAUUGCCUCUCAUAUGACCAUUUCGCAGUUCGCGGUCAGCAUCGCCGAUACGAUUCUGAACCUCUCCAAUCGCGCUUUCGACUUGGCCAUCAGCACUGUUCUUGCGGUCGAGGUCGCUGUCAACGACACGACAAUAUGGCUUCCGGAUCGUCAAAGAACCUGGCUGGAUCACUACUACAUUGCUUUCCAAAAUGAUCAUAAUCAGCUCAUGAUGGAUAAGGCUGGUUCUCCAAGUCUUUUGAGCUUUGGAGCUGUGAACAGCUUGCUGUCUGUCGGAGGGAUGUGUUUUGCGAAAAAUGGAUGCGACAACAGGGAGUACAAUGAAACCUUCGGGUUUACGCAGGAUUUGGUUGAAGGACCAUUUGAAACGCUCAUCUUCAAAUGGCGCGAGAGCCUCUCCCAAUAUCUGCUAAGCAAUCCGGUAGAUCAGAAUCUGAACCACAAAGGGCUUCGUUUGAUGCAAGCGGUACUUGAAGACUGUGCCAACGGCUCGGCUGCGAUCAAUGAUCUGCUCGUCGCGGAUAUAAACGAGAGGAACAAGCAGGCUCGAGCUUUGACCAUUCUAGCGUUCUCUGUCGCUGUUGCUGCAUUUGCGCUGGGGUACAUGAUCGUUCCGCGGCGGCUGAUCAGGAAGUUCAAGGAACAAAUGGAUAGCUGUUUGUGGCUUGUCUUCGCCCUUCCGCCAGAAGUAACGAACACUCUUCCGGAUCUGAAGCGAUUCAUCGAGAGCGGGGGUGCCAUCUUACCGGGGCAAACUUCCGACACUUAAGGCGUUUCGAGGCCUCCCAAUGCCACAUUCAUAGGCAUCGCAUUUAGUUGGAAUGUGGCAUGCGGUCAUCAUCAUUUAUAUAUUCGCAGAGCAGAGAGGAAUAUUGUAGUGCACUACUCUCAAGUUAUGCUUUCUGCAUAACAACUCCUUCAAGAGUGCUUCCAAUAUAUG